CAAAGUGCCCAGUGACUAGUAGGAACUCGUCAGCCCCCAGCCUGGUCCUGGGGGGAGAGAGAAGGCCCCCCGAGGCAGGCCCAAGCAGGACCCAGGACUCCACCCUGUGUGUGUUUCACUGACCUUUUCUCAGUGUCCAGAGAGGGCUCCCAGGAACGAACAAGGGUGUUUGUCCAUUUGCUACAGAGCACCAACUUCCCACACAGGAGCUCCUUCUGCAGCCUCUUCUCCUCAAACCUUCAGCCGGCCGGGGGCAUCAGCUGAGCAAGGGAAGCUGGAAUCUGACCCCUGGCAUCAGGCCCGGUCUCCAUGGCAGCGGAGGAUUUAUCUAGGCCUCCACCCAGCUUGGCGGACUUUCGACUUGAAGCUGAGAGGAAGGGGAACUGAAAAGUCGCUUCUGGGAGCUGGAACGCCCGGGUGGCAGCCAGAGGCCCCGUGAUGGCCAAGUUUCUUUCCCAGGACCAAAUUAAUGACAGAAAUGGAGAACUGGAUUUCUCCACUUUCCUGAACAUUAUGCACACACAAAUAAAACAAGAAGACCCAAAGAAAGAAAUUCUUCUGGCCAUGAUGAUGACAGACAAAGAGAAGAAAGGCUACAUCAUGGCUUCUGAACUGCGGUUGAAACUCACAAUACUGGGGGAGAAGCUCACCCACAAAGAAGUGGAUGAUCUUUUCAGGGAAGCAAAUAUUGAACCAAAUGGCAAAGUGAAGUACGAUGAAUUUAUCCACAAGAUCACCAUUCCUGUGAAGGACCAAUGAAUGGAGAAUGUAAGAGAGCCUCCCCUGGGCCUGAAAACUCAGACUGAUUAAUUUUUAAAAAGAAAAGUGUUCCUUUCACUCUAGGGAGAUGGCGAACAGCAGCAAGAUGACAUUAUCCGAUGGAAGAAGAUAGCUUAGCAAUGAAAUUAUUGCAAUCAU